AUGGACGAUCCAGCAGCAUCCAAGAAACAACCAGCUUCAUCAUCAGCAGAUAGUAGCGCUAUAUAUACUACUAUUACUACUACGCCUACUGCCAACCUUUCCAUUAAUGUGCUCGGUCUAGCUUUGGUCUGUGUGACGCCCAUGGCGUUGGGUUUCGUCUACGGAUUUGACAUUGGAUCCACCUCGUUUGUAUUGGCACUCUUGCUAAAGGAGGGUGGCGCUGAUGGCGGUGGCGGCUCUGAAAUUGUUUGGUGGUCCCAUCUGACGAGCCUGCAACAGGGACUCUUUGUCUCCGCUCUGUCUCUUGGCGCAUUGAUUGGAAGUCACUUGAUGAUUUUG